UUCUUGUCCUCAAGCUCGUCUGUGUCGAAUCUGUGUGUAGUUCGCAGUGCUGAGUGGAUGUUUGUCUUUUUUGUGACAAUUCACCGUCCUGGAAUACAAAAGUGAUGGUUUACCGCGGCGGACCGCUUACGAAGGCAAAGGAGGGUCGGCGGUGACACAUUUAAAUUCUGCUGGACUCUCAGGACUAUAUAUCUGUGUGGUUAUUAUUUAUUUUCCUCUCGGCGUGAGGCUCGCGCUGCGUUUUGCAGACUCCUCUUAGCGCAUUUUUCUGCCUUCAUGUGGGAGAAGCAGCAUUUGGAUUGAUUUUUUUCUCCUUUCACUAUUACUUUGUGUUCCUGGUAGGAUUGUGUGCUGGCGUGCUUUGACUCAGGAAUGCCUCAUUUUUGGAUGUAGUUCCUGUUGUUUUGUUCUUGUGUUUUUUUCCCCCCUGUUGCCGUCCAGGUUUUUUCCCCUGCGGACAUAACCGGACUUUAGCGCAUUAAUUUUGCUCUAAAUGGAGCGCCAGUACACUUUUAUUUCCAUUUGGCUGCAACUGGAGCUGUGUGCCAUGGCUGUUCUUCUCACUAAAGGAGAAAUAAGGUGUUACUGUGAUGCGCCGCACUGUGUAGCCACUGGAUACAUGUGCAAAUCCGAACUGAAUGCCUGCUUCACCAAGGUUCUGGACCCACUCAUUGCAAACUCGCCACUGACACAUGGGUGUUUAGAACCAGUCACCAAUGCUGCUGAUGUCUGCAGCAGCUCGAGGGGAAUGGAUGUCCUCAGUGGGGCUGCCGCGACGCUACAGUGCUGCCAUGAGGACAUGUGCAACUACAGAGGUCUACAUGAUCUGGCACAUACCAGAGACUCUUCAGAUUAUGGUCGCUACCAGCCGGACAGCAGCAACAGAAACCUGGUGACCCGGGUUCAGGAGCUGGCCUCUGCCAAGGAAGUGUGGUUCCGGGCAGCGGUGAUUGCUGUUCCCAUCGCGGGCGGUCUCAUUCUGGUGCUGCUAAUCAUGUUGGCAUUACGAAUGCUUCGCAGCGAGAACAAACGGCUGCAGGACCAGCGGCAGCAGAUGCUGUCGAGGCUCCACUACAGUUUCCACGGCCACCACAACAAGAAGGGCCAUGUAGCCAAACUGGACCUGGAGUGCAUGGUGCCUGUCACGGGCCAUGAGAACUGCUGUCUGACUUGCGACAAGAUGAGGCAGGCGGACCCGAGCAACGAUAAGAUCCUAUCUCUGGUGCACUGGGGGAUGUACAGCGGUCACGGCAAGCUGCAGUUUGUAUGACUCCCUGCCGGGAGCUCUGACUCGUACUUCCUGUUGUACCAGGACUGCCUGUCAUUCAUUAGCUCUCUCAUUUUUUACUUUCAAAGACAUUCCUGCCUUGUUGGGCUGUUUGGCUUGUGGUUCUUUUUUGAAACAGUGGUGGAAACAUAAGACUGAUAUUUCAUGCUGUUUUCGUUGAAUAUUUUUUUUCUUAGAGGAGCACUUUACUUGAAAAUGAAAGGCAAACCAACGAGGAGCUGUAUUUAAAGUCGAGCAGCAGGAAUGAGGACUGCUUCUGAGGAUCCUGGACUUUCCACUGAGCUCUGAAGGAUUCCAAAUUUGUCUUAUUUGCACAUUUGUAAAAAGAAAAAAAAAAAAAAACUGAAGUUGUUGCUUAAUACAAGAAUUUUACACUGACACCAGGGUACAAAAAAUAAGAUGGACUACAAAAAAGUUCUGUGUCUGGCUGUAGGUGUGCACACUCUUCUGUGUAUCUGUAUGUUUAUGAUUCAAGCUUAUUGUAAAGAUUUAAAAUAUAUAUUUUUGUCUGAUAAAAGCGAGCGGUGUGCGUCUUGUUUUGGGUGAAUGUCACUAUCUCUCUGUGAUCAGACUAUAAGCUUGACUGUGAAAGAAGAAAAAUGACCAUUAAACGUGACUUUUUAUUUAUUUGA